UAAGCCCUUCUCUCCUCCCUAUUUCCUCCAAACCGCGAGAGAGAGAGAGAGAGAAAUGGGUGGAGCUCAGGUGAUGAACAGAAUCCCACGCAUCAAGUUUCCGCAGAGACAUUCAAAACCCUCUGGUUCAACAUCCCAACAUCAAGAAAAAAAUACGGCUGGCAAUUCUAAUCAGACUUUGUUUUCGAGGUCUUCCCCAUCUAAUGUGACUGGGGGGGGAAAAGCUUCUCUGCAGCCCAAACGAACACCAUUCUCUCAAGAGGAGAUUGAUGCUAUUUUGUUGGGUGGCUGUUUCUGAUUCUUACAUGGGGCCGUGUGGUGGGAGUUCAUUGGUUGACAGUUUUUUUGGCUUUCAUAUCUCAUUUUUCAUGUUUUUUUUGUCUCUCCAAAUAUCAGAAGUCCACUUCCUACAUAAAUUUUGUUCUAAAAGGAGAGGAAUUUUGAAGUCAUGCAUUUGAUUUGUCUUCCUCAAGAUACGUAUUGUGGUUGAAGACAGUUUUGAUAAAAAUCCAAUUAUACAGAUUUGUUUUAACAAUUGGGGAACUUUUAUAGAUCAGUUACUUUAAA